AUGAUGGAGAAACCGAUUGAAGAAGACGAAAGAAGGGAGAUUCUUGUGUCAAGAGCCUCCUCCUCUUGUAUGCAGUGGAGCCAGUGGCAGUUACUCGAUUCCAUAUUACCAACAGGAGGAUUUGCUCAUUCUUUUGGUCUCGAAGCAGCGAUUCAGACUCGGUUAGUUUCUUCCCCUGAAGAUCUUGAAACUCAUAUCGUUCAUGUGUUGGAUAACACAGCUAGCUUAUUGCUUCCUUUUGUCUACUCUGCUCUCAAAUCUCCUGAUAUAGAAACAUGGCACAAACUCGAUCAAUUACUUAACGCUACUUUAACCAACCAAGUCUCUUCAAAGGCAUCGAUUUCACAAGGAUCAGCGUUGUUUCGUGUGGCUGCUUCAGUUUUCACUGAGAUCCCAAAUUUGAAAAUGAUUAGAGACGCUUCUCUGGGUUCCAAAAAAGUAUGUUUCCACCACGCCCCUGUAUUCGGACUUAUAUGUGGCCUACUCGGAAUGGAUCCUAAAACUUCACAGAGAGCUUACCUGUUUGUAACGCUAAGAGAUGUUGUCUCGGCUGCAACGAGAUUGAACUUGGUGGGACCGAUGGGUGCUUCAGUGAUGCAGCAUCGCAUUGCCAUUGUGGCUGAAACAGUUUUAGAGAAAUGGAUGGAUCGCGAAGCUAAUGAAGCGUGUCAGACAUCUCCUUUGCUAGAUGUUGUUCAAGGUUGCCACAGUUACUUGUUUUCCAGAAUGUUUUGCUCUUGA